ACAGACUCCUAUCAUAUCUCAUCGCAGCUUUUCCAUCGCGUUCUCAAUAUGUCACAGCUCUCCCAGGCGCUGGCGCAGUCAUCGCAGCGUAAUCAUGAAUUAUUGUCCAUCUUAGCACAAACAGACUAUGCCGGCCCUGCACUGAAGCAGAACGUUGCCUUCAUAAGCGAUUUGCAGAAACAAGUCUCUGAACUUGAUAAGGAGCUGAAGAAGUUGCAUGAAGUGACCGAGGAUGAGCGUAAGGACCAUGUCAAGUAUCGCGACAGCACCGUCAAGCGGUUUGCGUACAAGAUGGGCGGCCAGAAAAGCAAAGCAAAGUUCGCAAGCAAGUCGGAGAAAGAGGAACGCGAGUUCCUCGAAGCAUGGCAGAAAGAACGAGAAGCCAAGGAGCGCCGUGAGGAGCUUUCUCGAGCCCUGGAAAAUGCUCAGAAAGACAAGCAGCACCUUGAUGGCGACAGUACCCGGCAUGAUCAAGCGCAGCGCGAACUGGAUCAACUGUACAACUCAAUCUUCACAGGCCCUACGCCAGAAGUGCCUGGUGAAGACCAGAUGGAGAACACUGUCAAGGACACACAGCAGUGGGCUCAGCAAUGCCAAACUCGUCUGCGUACGGAGAAGCGGGCCAUGGACGACCUACAGUCCGCGAAAAGCUCACUGACGAUGGCGCUGCGAGACAUGUCCGACGCCCGGGGAGCCUCGACCUGGGACAUGUGGGGUGGUGGAACAUUCGCCGACAUGAUGGAGCGCGAUGCACUGUCUCGCGCGCAGAACAAUCUCACGCAAGCGAUGCACCAUAUCGGUUCAGCCAUGCGAGCUCAGCCGGCCAUUAAGCCCCUGCGUGCCGUCAACAUCGAUCAAGGGCACUUCCUGAGCGAUGUUAUGUUUGAUAACAUCUUCUCGGACAUGGCACAGCAUGAACGUAUACACCAGAGUGAGGCGCAAAUGCAGCAAGCCGCGGAGGACUUUAAGGCGCAGCUUGCGGAGCAAGUAGAGAGACUGAGAGAUGCUGACGCGCAGGCGAAGCAGGCUAGCCAGACUUUGGAGGAGGCGAGGAGCGAAUUGCAAAGGAUCCGCGCGGAGGCCUUCGAGAGGUUGGUAGGUGGCGGGUACGGUGGAGCGUAUGGUGGCUCGCAAGAAUAUGGGUGGCAGGCCAGUGAGGCACCGCCCGCUUACACUUGAUUGUAGCUCUAACAGCAGGUCAUGCUUCUGGUUGGAACUCCAUUGCCAAUGAUUGUAUGAACUUCGGAUCAUUCGAGGGGGGAAAACAAGCUAGUUAUGACAUAAAGCUGGUAUCAUCAUAUGGAAGCCAUACCAGAUCCGCCC